AGACUGAUCAUUUCUUUGUCAGUGGGCAAACGUACAAAAUCAGCAGGGGAUCAAAUACUUUUUUCUCUCACUGUACAUCUUUUAUGUGAUUACCACCAAUAAACAUUCACAGACCUUUUUUGUUAUUUACACCACUGUAAAGGCCAGGCAGGGGGAGUUCGGUGGCACUAAUAAUUAUUUCACUGACUUAUCUUCCAUUACAAUACGGCAAUUCACCCCUACCAUUGUCAAAGGUGCAGGCAUCGCACACUCAGGCGCGGGCGCCCCAAAUUGAAUGCAAACUGCAUGCGUGCAGACGCUUCCAGAGAAUGUGUAUGAACAGCUCUUUUUGCUUUGUGUCGGCUGAAAUCGUCGUUUCAUCAGUUUUCUUAGGUGAGUGAAAGCGAUGAGUGCAUGUGUCCCGUGGCUUUGCUGCCUAUAAAUCCCACAAUAACCACAACUCGCCCGGAUCAUUCCAGACACCGUCCACCUCCACCAUCUCAGCCAUGUCGAUGACAACGGGAAAGAUCAUCUUUUUCGAGGGUGAGAAUUUCCAGGGAUUGCGCCUGGAGGCGUCGGGGGAGGUGGAGAGCUUCUUGGAGCGCAGGUUCACCGGCUGCGUUGGCUCGGCGCGCGUGGAGAGCGGCGCUUGGCUGUGCUUCGAGCAUGCGCACCUUCAAGGGCAGCAGCUGGUGCUGGAGCACGGCGAGUACGCGCACCUUCGCAGCUGGGGCGACCGCUGCGAGGGGAUUGGCUCGUGUCGGCCCGUGCGCAUGUUUGGGGAGAACUUCUCCAUUGAGCUGUUCGAGGGAGCGGACUUGACGGGGCAGUGUCUGGAGCUGAACGAGGACUGCCCCCUGUUGGUGCAGGUCCCCACGUGGGGCCGCCGUGCCGUGGCCUCGAUCCGCGUGCGAGGAGACGGAGCCUGGGUACUGUAUGAUGACAGUAACUACCGCGGCAGGCAGUACCUGCUGGAACGGGGCGUGUACCGCUGCCCAGCUGCAUGGAAAGCCUCCAGCGGGGCAGUGCUCUCACUGCGACGCGUCAACAACUACCUCUAGUAGCACACACGGAUGCCCUCUGACCAUAAAAGGCUCUUUACAACACACACUUAGGAUAAACGCAAGUACAUGGCAUAAGUAAGUAUCUAACUUUACUUCCACGACCUGGCCCGGGAUGGUUGAUUGGAUUUGAUGUCUGUUGGCCCAGUUUACUGUGGUAGACCGAGACAGACCUUAUCCAAGGCACAAAUUAGGUCACGGAUAUAGUCACAGUACGACAUAUAUAACCAUUUCAAGUUAUCUCUGUUGGUAAUUUCCAUAACAGAGGUGCCUGGGUGCCUCAUCAUGCUAUGCCUACGUCAUCAUAGAGCCAGCACCACAUUUCAGCUUCCCACCCCAUAUAAAACUGUUCUAAAAUGUGUUAUCAAGUUGAUAGUAUCACUUUGGUCAUCAGUGAUUGCCACAAAAAAACUAAUUAUAAUUAUAAUAAUUUGAUUGUACUUCAUUUCCUCUGGCCCAUCACCGGAAGUAAACGAUGAACAUAUGUGAGAUAACAGCUAUGGGGCAUACCACUCAUCACCACCCCAUUAGCACGAUCUGGUGAUCAGACUUAUGUACAGUCGCAACUGUUUCAAUGUGCUUCUUCUAUGCUGAUCCCCUGUGACCAGCAGCUUCCCCGCUUGCAGUUUAUGGGACAUUAACUUUGUAGCUUAAAGUAACACAAUUGGGAUAUAGCAGAAUUAAUACUAAAAAAGCCUCUACAUGCAUACAUUGUUAUAACAAUUCUGAAAAAUGAAUAGCUUCAAUGUAAUUUAGCAGCAAUACCUGGUCAAAAAAUAUAGUAACACAUAAUUUCUGGAAGAGAGCUGUUAUUUUUAUUCUACAAUGAUAACCUCGCAAGCAAGACUGUAAUCUCCACGAUGAGCUGUAUACAUCAUACCAAUGUUUAACAUGCAUACUUCCCUAAUGUUAUUUUUGCACUGGAAAUAUGAGUCUGUUGCACGGGUUCUUAAGAUCAAGCUCUCAGUUACUUAUUGUACUAAAGUGGAAAAUGUGGUGGACAGAUUUACUUGGGUAAAAUCCCAUGAGACUAAUUUGGUAAAUUAGAGCACAUUCCAACAUUCACUUUUAUAUUUUCACAAUCUAUGGCACACACACUGAUCAUAGGUUGUUGGCCUCUAAUUCCUUUAAGCCAUUUUCCAUCAAUUUAUCAUCGGGCAAAUAUAUGCACAGUGAACAAUGGUCUAACAUUUCGUUUUCGUUUAAAUAUCUAUCAUUGUGUGCUUUGUACAGCAUUUCAAAAACUUGAAAAUGUCUUCAUAUUACAAUUCACACAAGCAGCGGUUACGCAAUUGCCACACAUCCUUAUGCCGUGUGUCGCAUCAAGGUCAAAUGCAAGCACACGUGACCGGACUCGAGAACAAUGACGGAACGAGUACAUCCAUGCUCUUCAGCGAGAGCUCGCGGCUGUCACGUCACGUGACUGACAGGCGUGCUACCUCACUCGUUUCGAACUCAACGAUGCAGAAUGAUACUCAGGUCACCAAGUCCUUUUAACGCCUACAACUGGUUUUAUUUUCCGACUUCUGAUUACAUCAUCAGUAUGACAAUAAAAACAUGUACUUGAAUGAACUGAA